CUGUAUUUUUCAUCGUAGAACGUAGCAUUUGCGGACGAGACAUCUGUAAGGAGUUGGCAGCUUCGGAAGGUACAAAUUAUCGACAAAGUGCCUAUGAGGAGUUAGCAAAAGUUUUAGAAUUUCCAUGUAUGUACGAAGAAAAUGGUUGCAAAGAAGUACUUCCAUGGAAUGAAAUAGGAGAACACGAAAUAAUUUGUGAAUACGUGAAAUUAUGCUGUCCUUUUUCGAGCGACAAUUUUGAAAAUGAAGAAAAAAUAUGUACAUGGGAAGGAACUACAUUUGAAAUCUUGGAUCAUAUGGAAGAACUUCACUGGCCACAUAGGUACGAGGAUUACGUGCAGAUCAGGUUCGAGAAAGAUAUAAAGAAAAAUAAAUUGAUGUUUUCAACAAUUCAAGAUAGUAUUGUAAUUCUUUUAAUAGUUAUUGGUUCAGAAUCUGGCACAUAUUAUUGGAAAGUAUGGACAGUUCCAGAUAUUUGGAGAAUCUUGAAUUAUAAAAUUGAAAUUUCUUCAGAAAAACGACAAACCUUGACUGUGUCGAAAUUCCAAAAGGCUGGACUCUUACACCCUACUUUCUUCAAAAAUAAAAUUGAUAACAGCUGGUUCAAAAUCAAUUUUGAUUAUAUGAAAAACUUUUUUGAUUCUCCUUGCUUUUUGACUGCUAAGUUUUAUAUAAAGGGAUUUUUAAUUGGUUCAACGAAUCUUUCUAAUUGUGACAGGAGUUUAUGGCUUGUAAAAUGUCAUAAAUGUGGAAAACGAAGAGGAAGCCAUAUGUUUGUUUGUAGAAGUGAUAAAAAACACCUAAUAUGUGGAUUAUGUAAAAAUUCACAAUGUCACAAUUAUGAAAAUUCUUGUCCUAUGUGCCACCCGACUAUUUGCAUUUUGGAUAGUAACUUUGUUACAGAAAACUUGAGAAUACUUUUCAACGAAUCAUUUAAAUAUUGCUUAUUGUGUAAACAUAAAGUUCAGUGUCUAUCAUCGCAUUUGAGUAUUAGUCACAAUGAGUCUAUUUUCGAACUUGGCAAAUGUUAUAAUUUCAGGUUGAAAUAUUAUUUUUUCUCUUUUGAUGAUCAUAUCUUCUUUUUAUCAAAAAACAUCAACGAAAAUAGGGAUCUUACAUUCUCAGUACAAUGUUCAGGAACCCAAAAUGUUAAAUAUAAAUACAAACUCAAGUUGAUAGGCACCAAAUCUUCUUCAAUUACAUUUUCUAACUUCUGCCGUCCUGAAUUAAUUGAUUUGAAGUAUUUUGCUGGGGAAAAUUUUAAUGCUUUCACACAGGACACGUCAAUACCUUGGAACUUAUAUAACUCAAUUUUACCCGAUGUUGAUGAAAUUGAGUUCAAAUUGAAUAUCUUCAAAAUUUGAGUUUAGAUUGAUUUUUUUUUUAUUUUGAAAUUUACAUUCAGUUGUGAUUACUUAGUGCCUUUAAAGAUUUCAUGCAUUGAAUGAAUAUGCAAUACUGUUUAUAUUUUCAAAUGUUUAAUAAAAUAUGGGAUCAUU